AAAUGAAAUUUCUCUUGAUUUUGUCCUGUCUCGUCCUGUACGUUGCCCUUACAUGUGGGCAGGACCAUUGUAGAGGCCGUCCUGGUCACCAGGACUGCGAUGGUGGACGGAACGAAGGAGUUCACCAUGCCCAUGGUUGCGAUCCUGAACCCAAUCCUGUGAUGUGGUACUAUAACCGAGCCACUAGGGAAUGCCUAAGGAUGUCCUAUCGAGGCUGUCAUGGUAACAGCAAUCGCUAUUGCUCCAAGGAUCACUGCGAACGCAGUUGUCGUCGUCGGAACUAA